GAACAUGUUAAAGUGCCACAAAAAUCCCUCUUAGCUCUGACAAAGAGCCACAACAAACUACAGAGCAGUGGAGAUUUGAUUUCCUUUUCAAGGGCGUGACGCAACCAUGGCAAGUGGAUAUCAAGACGUGCCAAAUGUGCUAGAUGAUGGCCUAAGCACAGAAUUGAUGAAUGCUGGUCGGUUUUGCUUCAACUGUGAGCAGAUUUUUUCCAGUAGAAAAUGUCUUGAAGAACAUCUUUGCUCAGUUCCAUCUUAUAUUUGUUCCUGUGGAACUGAAUUUACAUCAUAUAAUGGCAUGCUGCGACACAGUAGUUCCCACGAACCAGGUCACCAGGUGCUUUGUCAUGAAACUAUAAAGAAGCGAAGAAUCGAAAAACACUGGGAGGAAGAGGAGAAGCUGAAAAGGCUACAGUCUGGUGAGGUUAUCUGGGAGAGUCCUAAAUCUUUACUAGCAAAAGCUGCGCCUCAAAUACCAGUUUUACCCAAGAUUCAAGUUCAGCCGCAUGUGUUACCGCAACUUUCUCCAGAUUUGAUUAAAAAUGUCUCAACCUCGGACACAAGCAAAAUAUUCUCUGAUGUUGGUGCACCAACAGUGGAUCUAUGGACACUUUUCCAACCUGUUGUGCUAGUGAAAACAGUGCGUUCAUUUUCCAGUAGAAAGCCAUACACUUGUGGUAAAUGUGAACAAUCUUUUAUAACAAGAAAGUCUCUAGUCAUACAUCAUAACACUCACAUUGCAGACAAAGUAUCUGGCUGUAUUGGUUGUGGACUGCUCCUCUGCAGCAGGAAGAUUGUUCCGCGCUUCCAUCCUUGCAAUGCGCCACAUGGCUAUAAAUUCAAAGUGACCACGGCAAGACCAAUUAACCAGAUCACUGCAAACAUCACUAAUGGUUUAGCCAAAGCUGCUAAUUCAUCUCCACCACAGAAUGCUCAGAAUAAUGGUUCUUGCCGCAAAAUAAAAAUAGUUAUGGGUGUUAAUUACAGUCCCAGCGCUGCUAAGCGGCCCAAGCCUAGUCAAACUAAACCUAUAAUUUCAAAUGCCAAAUCAAUCAGUGUAAACAAUCCACCUGCAGCACAGGCUGCUCCGGGUGCUGUAACCCUUACACCUGGGAAAGGCUAUGAGUGUCGAGUCUGUCAUGUCUUCUUUGAAAGUAUCAACGUCCUUCAGAGGCACAAGUGUGCUAAAGCUCACGAGUUCUUGAUGAAACACAAACUCACUGCACCAGCUAACAGGCAAAGACAAGUCGUUCCUUUGCAAAUUCCUAGUUCAUCUUUGCAAAAGAGUGUUGCUAAGGCUGUCCUCUCUGCCCCUGCUGGCAACACUGACAUCAAGAGCAGACUUUCAAACAUGAACAAUAAAGACACAUCGACAGCAGUUACAGAUGAUGACUGUUUCAUUGUUGAAAGUGGACCAGAGAAACCUGCUGAGGUGAUUUACCAAGUGACCUCCUCUGUCCCCAUCAAGACUUGAACUGUUUUUGCAAGUGAAAGGAACUGAAAGGAUCUUAUUCUUUUGUUUGUACAGCCAAAUAUCUGUGUAACAUGUUGUAACACAAUCAUUAAAACAUUGAA